AUGUUGCAAGAGAUGGUCCUAUUGAAAAUGUUUAAGUUUCUAACCAAUUCUAAACAUCCAUCUCUGGGUCCACAUCUCUAUCUGUUAGGUCUAACUGGUAUCUGGCAGCCAGAUGAAAAAACUCAAUUCACGCGUCUUAAAAUGAUUAUAUUCUACAUUAUUGUAGCAUUUUUCUCAUCUCAGUAUAUGAAAUGUAUAUUAUAUCCCAAAAUAGAAUCGAUACAGUUAAUUCUUCAAUAUGUACCUUUCCAUCUUGGUAUUGUAAAGGCUUGCUACUUCCGAAGGGAAUCUAAAACUUGGUCUUCGCUUGUUAAUUUUCUAUCCCAAGUAGAAUGCAAACAAAUAGAAGGAAAGGAAGAAAAAAUGAUCACAAUCGUGGAGAGUUAUAUUCAACGCAAUCGUCGGAUCACUUAUUUCUUCUGGGCGUUGGCUUUCUUUUCUAACUUCAGUAUUUUCUCCGAACCUUAUGCCAAAAACAGAAUAAUAGAAAAUGGCACUAGUAUAUAUUUAAAUAUUUUCGAUGGGUUUGUUCCUUUUGGCGGUGAACCACCAGGUUAUUACAUUUCAAUGGCGAUACAAACGAUUCUAGGACAUAUUGUUAGUGCUUACGUUAUAGGCUGGGAUACAAUGGUUGCUUCUAUUAUGAUAUUUUUUGCUGGUCAACUGAAAAUGUCUCGGUCACACGCUAAGGAAGUUGUAAAAUCUGACACUGUAGAAACCCAUCGGAGUAUUGCAAAUUGUCAUAAAUUUCACGUUGAAUUAGUCAAGCAUCAAAGGAUAUUCAAUGGUUUGAUAUCGCAAGUAAUGUUUGUCUAUUUGAUAGUUAUUUCGGUUAAUUUGGGAGUUUGCAUCAUCCAGAUUGUUGAAGUGCAAGAUGAUUUGGCGAUGCUUAUAUCGAGUUGUUUGUUCGUGGUGGCUUGCUUGAUACAGUUGUUAUUAUUUUAUUGGUUCAGCAACGAGGUAACUGAAGAAAGUUUGAAGGUGAGUUACGGCGUUUUCGAAAGUGAUUGGGUGAAAUGUGAUAAACUUAUACAGAAAGAGAUUCACCUCCUUGGACUGACAUUGAGUAACAGGCUUGUAUUCAAAGCUGGACCAUUCAACGAGAUGUCACUAACCACUUUUGUUUUUAUUUUGAGGACAAGCUAUAGUUUCUACACGCUUUUGAAUAAGACUAAUUAA